AUGUUAUUUAAAAUUGAUUGCAUAAAUAUAAAACAAAGUAAAAAGCUAACGUUGACAAACGAAGCAAAAUUUCCUAUUUUGGUUAGAAUCAUAGAAAGCAAUUCUUGUAAUGCUAUUCCUUCCUUUUCAUUAUUGAAAUAAAAAGAAAAAAAGAAUUUUCAGAUACUACAUAAAUUAAACUCGAAACCAGACAGCCUUAUCAGGAUUGAUGCAAUAGAAUUCGAUGAAAUUAAACUUGAUACUUUCGUAAUUUGAUUAUAUUCUAAUUGUAAGUCUGUUCCACCGUUCUGGAACGAAAGAAUUAAAGGUUCCUUAGAGACAUAAUCUCAAUCUCUGGCAUUGAAUACAAAUAUAUCCGAGUCUAGUUCUUUUGCUUCUUAUUGUAGGUCUCCAUCCAUGAAUCAAACCUUUCAGGAUCAAAAUCAAGUUUAAAAUAAUACAAUUGAAAACUCAAUUAACAAUUAAGUUUAACAAAAUGGGAUUGAUCAAGAUAAUUAAAGUGUUUAAUAAAAUUCUAAGUAACAAAUCAACUCUUAAUAAUCUAUAUAAGUAAUAGGUUCUACAAAAUUAGCAGAUGAAAACAAAUUUUAGCAAUCCUAUCAAUCAAAUUUAUAAAAAUCUAUAAGCAAUUUCGAAUCUUAUGGUUAUAUUUCUACUAAUCAAACCUAAUAAUAAAUUCUUAAGAUCCCAAAAGAUAUGAACAACUUCUUAGAUUAAAUUGACUCUUCAAAUAGUCCAUUUCAACUCUAAACUACCUCUUAAUUGUAAUCAUAAACUCAUUCGCAAAUAAACUUUCCUGAUAAUGUUUAAUAAGAUAUAAGCAUCAGUGAAACUACUUCCAUUUAAAGAUUUGAUAAUAGAAAAUUAUCCUACCUACAAUAAAGCAGAUUAUAGUUUAAUGAAAAACCAAAAUUAAAAAUUUCAUCAACUUUAAUCAAUAAUUCUAGAUCAAAUAACAAAAUUCAAUAAGAUUUAAUUAAAAACAAGGAACUUGAAAUUUAGUUAUAAAAAUAAAUUGUAAAUCUUUAAUAACUAUAUAGGCUGAGUUAUAAUUAAAUAAAGAAGCAUUAUAAUAAGAACUUAUAAAAUUGGAGUUUAAAAAGUUAUUCAAUUCUAAAAAUUUAGAUUCUUUUAACCAAAAACACUUUUUUAUAUAGCAUAUACUUUUAAUAAGUGUUUUUUGUCUUAUAAUAGGAAGUUUUAUGAAAUAAUAUAUCCCGUAAUUUUGA